AUGUCUUUCAAUAAGUUCAUAUUUCCUAAUGCAAUAAUCCCACAAGUGUUGAAACAAUACUCUUCCUUCAUCAGAACAAAUUUAACUUCAAUAAUCGCUAUCAAAUGUCUUCGAAAUUAUUCAAUAGUGACAGAUGUUACUGCUACUAGGUUGCUGCAAAAGAACCUAAUUCAAGCUAAUAAUAUGCUUUCUGGGUAUGGUUCAGGUGUUAUUGGGUGUACUGUACUCGAUAUUAAUGGGAAUAUAGAUAAAUCUUUCAAUGAAAUGAAAAGAGAGGAGCUUGUAUCUAAACAUGGGCUGCUACCAAGAGAUUUAAGAAAGAUUGAAAAAUCAAAACAGAAUGAUCUGGUUCCAAGUUUAUUAGUAAGGCAGAAUAGUAUACUGAUAAGUCUAUUAAAUUAUAAAGCAUUGAUUCAACCUAACAUGGUUAUUACUUUCAAUUCUAUUGGUUCUGGAAUAUCGCUACAUUCUUCUGCACAUGUUUCCUUCAUGAAUGAUUUACAGUCAAGAUUGAAGAAUAGCACUACAAAUGAAGUUGGAUCAGACCCAUUACCAUAUGAAUUUAGGGCUUUGGAAGCAAUAUUUAUCUCUGCUCUAUCAAACCUGACCAGUGAAUUAAAAGUGUUGUUAGCAGUAUCCGAUGGUGUUUUAAAUGAUCUGGAGUUUAGCAUUACGAGAGAUAAAUUGAGGCUCCUAUUGAUUCAAAAUAAGAAAUUGAGUAUAUUUUAUAAAAAGGCAAGUUUAGUGAGAGAAUUAAUUGAUGAUCUACUAGAACAGGAUGAUGUAUUAUGUGAGAUGUAUUUGUCAGAUAAGAAAUUGGGAAUUGAACAUUAUGAGGAUGAUCAUACAGAGGUUGAAAUGUUGCUUGAAACUUACCAUAAUCAUAUCGAUGAAUUGGUGCAAUUAGGUGAGAAUGCAAUAUCUAACGUUAAAACAACUGAGGAAAUCAUCAAUAUUAUUUUGGAUUCCAACAGGAAUCAAUUAAUGUUGUUAGGAAUUAAAUUUAGUCUAGGUUUGUUAUCAUUAGGUUGUGCAAUUUUUGUUGGGGCUGCGUAUGGAAUGAAUUUGGAGAAUUUUAUAGAAGAAACUAACUAUGGUUUUGUAGGAGCGUCUGUUAUUGGUGCGAUAGCAACUAUUUGGUUGUACGUGGUUGGUGUCAGAACAUUACAUAGAUUGCAAAAAGUGUCGUUACUUCAUCAUAUGAAUAAAAAUGUCAAAAAGUAA